CUUGUACAUACCUAACAUACCUGGUACCUAAUAUCACGACAUCCAUGGAAGGAGCUUCAAACAUAAAGCUUCGACCAUGCUGACGCAAUGCAGCAUGUAUGAUCUUAGAUUAGUCAUAAUCUGAGCUUGACGCGCUUUCUCCAACAUUAUUCGACGCGUUCAUCUAAAUUGGAUAAUUACCUUCUAUCCAUUACCAUCGCGAAUUCAAUGAAGUUACCUAAUCCAAAUUUAUUGCGAAGAUGGCAUCACAACAAGACCUUCAAGAGCUCAUCCGGCUUAUGACUAUCGGUAUGAGGGUUCCUAUGAAAGACGCCCUAAGCCGAAUUAAAGAACUUCAGGCAAAAAACCUCCGUAGUAUUCAACAGAUAGCUGAGUCCCCCCUUUCCGAUGUCAACGCCGCCAUAAAAGACACCAAAGCUGCCCGAUCUCUGCACAAUGCUUGCAAAGCCCGACUGAAGAAUCCAAUCACGUCGUCAACGGCUAAGAGGACUGGAUCUACUCUUGAAAAUGCUCCCAAACGUUCUAGGCAGUCAAAUGACACGGGCUAUGUUGAUGGACCAGAGCCUGUUGCGCCGCACGAGUUUGAAGCAUCAUUCGCGUUGCCUGUAGAGACGGAUGAGAAGAUCAUUGCAGAUACCGUACUUUUGACGAAUCGCGCCCCUCUUGUCCUCGCGUUCGCCGUUGAACUAUUGCGAUAUACUAUGCCCGAGCAGCCCCCUUCGAGUCGGCUAAGCCUAGCACAGGCGGUCGUGAGCGCCAAUUCGAGAAGUAAGGCGGUGUCGAUCGGCAUAGAAAAGGGACCUAGCGCUGAUGAUCAGGGUUGGGGGCAUGGCCAGCCCAGGGUGAAGGUGAUGGGUCGUGAAGUUACGGUGUUGAAGAGAGGAGGUUACGAGUGGAAGGGGGAUGAAGAAGUAGAGGAACACCCCAAGUCGGGAGAUCACGUAAUUAAUAGUACGGAUACUCCUCCAGGGGCUGUUCCAGGGGCUGCGAAAACUAAUGUCAACCAAGAUGCGCCAUCAGAAUCAUCUGUUGGUCCCCAAUUGAACGCUUGGUCGGCUAGUCAGCCCGUCACCCUGAAAGGUUCAACUUUUAUAGUUCGCGCGACGCAAAUAACGGGAACAUCCCAACGCCAAUCGACAAUGCAGUCGCUGUUUGCAGCGGUUCCAUCUCUGCAGAAUGCGACGCAUAAUGCCUGGGCGUAUCGCGUUCAAGUCCCGACAAAUUUAUUUGGAGCAACUACAAUUAAAGAAGAUUCGUUCGAUGAUGGUGAGAGCGGGUGCGGUGAUUUCCUACUAAAAAACUUGCGAGAAGCAAACACUAUUAACACGCUUGUGGUAAUGACUCGCUGGUACGGUGGUGUUAUGCUCGGACCUGAUCGAUGGAGGAUAAUACGAAACUGUCUUAAAGACGCACUGGCAGAACGUCUCCGGAUUACGGGAGAGCAAGCUGCCCUCGGUGGUGAGGCUGUGUGGGGAUUGGACCUCGAGGCUGCGAGAAAUAAAUCUGAGGGUGUUGGCUCGGCAUCCAGUCGAUCUUAUGAGGCGGGCGUAGUGGGAAUGCCUAUUCAUAGACCGGAAGUCGCGAAGGCUUACCUUCUCAAGAGCUUUGCCACCAGAGUGGACAAUCUCAACGAUGAUGAAGGGGCUGACCAAGAAGUUUCCGCAGACCGUGAGCAAGAUUUGUCUGUUUCUCAAACUUCUACGCGAACGAACCAAGCAAGUAAAACUACGCCGAAGCGGAAUACGGCCAAAAUGUUAAAUCAGGAGAAAGAAGAGAACGUUGCGAGGCUGCUUGGUGCGCUGAGACUUCUAUUUGAUAGUUGGGCGGAACACCUCGGGACCAGUGAGCUCGACAGACGAGCGUGGGGUUGGUACAUAGCCGUACGACCUGACGUUGAAAGCGGCCCUUCUGGCUGGGGCGCAAAGGGGCAUUUGAAGCUUGCCGACAUCUUAGCUUUGCGCCGAAAGGAAGGAUGAAAGUAAGGGUGCCCUGACAACAUAUGGAAGUUAUGGGCCUUCCGUAGCAGGUGAAGCACUGUGACAUUCAACCACAACAUAUCCCCUCAGCCGAACCCGAAGUUCAAUCAAAAGGAUGAUCGAAUACCAAGUAAGUAUUGCCUAUCAUCUAGGAUUGAGCUACCUA